AUGGAUCAGGAAGGUAGGGACUCCAUGAGUGGUUCUGCUUCGGGUGGCUUACGGGCAGCUCUCUCCUAUUGUGUACAGCAAGUACGGAAUUAUGACUAUCAUCAUUAUCUUUGCCUUCUUGAACUUCCUUUGGAGAUGCGGAAGGCUGCAUUUGCUCUCCGUGCUUUCAAUGUUGAAACAGCUAGAGCCAUGGAUGUUGCUUCCGAUCCCAAAAUUGGCCUCAUGCGCCUGCUCUGGUGGCAAGAAACUAUAGAUAAGAUCUUUUCCAACAAAUUAAUCGAGCACCCAACAGCUCAGGCCCUUUCGUCAAUAAUAUCAGAGCACAGAAUUAGCAAGGUCUGGCUGAAGCGUUCCAUCGAAGCUCGAAUCAAAGAUGCCCAACGAGAAGUUAGUGAUAUCCCCAAAACUACUGAAGAGUUGGAGAAAUACGCGGAGGACACCGUGUCAACUGUGUUGUACUUAACCCUUCAGUCAGGUGGAAUCACGUCCACUGUUGCUGACCAUGCGGCUUCACAUAUUGGUAAGGCUAGUGGCCUCCUUUUGCUGAUUAAGUCACUGCCAUACCAUGCUAGUCGGAAUCGUCUGUUUUCCUACAUACCAGCUGAUGUUGCAAGCAAACACGGGCUAUUGGAGAAUCGGGGAGGUCAGCCAGAGAUUCGAGUGGAUGAUCGGGGGGCUCUGUCUGAUGCAGUUUUUGAGAUGGCUUCUGUAGCUAAUGCACACAUAAAGAAGGCUCGUGAAUUGGCUGGAACUGUGCCUGCAGAAGCUCGGCCUGUGCUUUUACCUGCUGUACCUUCCCAAGUUCUCCUGGAUUCCCUAAGUCGGGUGCAGUUUGAUGUGUUUGAUCCGAGGUUGGCUCGAGGGAUUUUGGGCGUUUCUCCUUUGUGGUACCAGUUAAAACUAAAGUGGCAUUCGUCGCUUGGGAAGUAUUGA